AUGGGGGGAGCACCUCUCCCUCUGCUCUCUCGUCUCUGCCUCUCCUUCCUCAGAGGAGCAAGCCCUGCGACGUUCACACUGAAGAACAACUGCAGCUAUACCGUGUGGCCAGGCAUCCUCUCCAACGCCGGCGUGGCGCCGCCGUCCACCACCGGCUUCGCGCUUUCCCCGGGCGAGUCCCGCGCCGUGGACGUCGCUGAUGGCUGGUCCGGCCGCAUGUGGGGCCGCACGCUCUGCGUGCAGAGCUCCUCCUCUGGCGCAGGUUUCGCCUGCGCUACCGGUGACUGUGGCUCGGACACCAUCAAGUGCUCCGGCCGCGGCAUGGACCCGCCGGCCACGCUGGCCGAGUUCACGCUCGCUUCCAUCGGAAGCGACGACUUCUACGACUUGAGUCUCGUCGACAACGUGCCGGUGCUGGUCGCGCCGGCGAACGGGAGCUGCCCGACCACAGACUGCCCCGCCGACCUGAACGCGCACUGCCCGCCGGAGCUGUGCGUCGCCGUGGCCGGCGCGGCGGUGGCGUGCCGGAGCGCGUGCGAGGCCUUCGGGACGGAGGCGUACUGCUGCAGCGGCGCGCACGGGACGCCGGCGACGUGCGCGCCGACGGCCUACUCGCGGCUGUUCAAGGCCGCGUGCCCGCGCGCCUACAGCUACGCCUACGACGACGCGACGUCCACGUUCACGUGCGCCGGUGGCAGUGCCAGCUACGGCGUCGUGUUCUGCCCCGCCGGCGGGUCGAGCAGCCCGGAACCUGAUGGGAAUCCGGCAUCGCCGCCCACCAGUGUCGCCUACCCACCAAUGGUGUUCUCAUCAGGGGGUGCAUAUCCAGCGACGACCAGGCCCGCUAUGGUCACCCUCAUCCUCCUCGUCUUUCGGGUGUUGUCAACACAUUGA